AUGUGGGUCGCCUGCAAAGCAGUCCUCUUUCACCACUGUAGCGCGGUGGACUCAGCCGGUUGCUUUGGCAUGCACUUGACCGAUGCGGUCGCGAUCGAUGCCAUGCUACGACACCUCGCAGCUCGUGAGGAGAUCCUCCAGAAGGCAGUGCAGGACUUGCAGCCCGUGGUGAUGUCCGUAAGUCGAGACACUUCGUGGAAGAAGGAUCUCAGCAGCGAGUCAUCUCUGGAUGAAGUCCGUGCGGCAGCGAAUCAGCUCGCAAAGGUGAAGCUGAAAGGAGCUCCAUUUGCGAAUUCUUUAGAGACCUUCACCGUGGAAGCGGACGAGAUGCAGUCCCUGAUCGAAGCGUGCCGGACGUCAGCCUUUUGCCAACACGACUUGACAGCAUCCCCAAAAGAGUCCGGGGACACCUUGUGCUCGCAGGCUCGCCAGCUGCUUCGCAAAGCGAAGGCGAGUAAGCUAGUGGAGGACAUCAGUGCAUCGCUUGCCGGCAAGCGAGACGGUGUCGAGCAGGGCGACAUCCAACCGGUGUUGUAA